CAAUUGCGUGUGGAAUCUAUUCAAAAUGCAACUCUGGGGAACUGUUUUGAAUCACCAACAUAACUUCAACACAUUACAACAUUCGUAAACAGCUGUUACUACAUUUACUACGGACAUUAAUCUCUAUUAUCAAAAUAUAAAUGUUUUAGGAAUUUGUAUUUAAUUUAAAAUUAAAAACCAAACGUGGUAUAAAUUUAAUACGCUAUGUCUCAAACUAUAAAAAGUGAAUUUGGAUUUCGUAAUCAGGACGAUUUUGUUAUGGACUAUGACCAUAUGACAGUGAAAACAAAAGAAAGUAAUAAGACUUCAUCACGUUGUAGUAGUGCUGGUAGCACGCAUACACCAAACUCAUCCGCACACAAUUCAGAUGAUGAUGACAGUGGCAAUGGUAAUGUAAAUUCAAUUGCGACAACUACUUCAUCCAAUUAUAAAGAACGUCGUAGAGAAGCACAUACACAAGCUGAGCAGAAGCGACGUGAUGCUAUUAAAAAAGGUUACGACAGUUUGCAAGAAUUGGUGCCAAUGUGUCAACAAAAUGAUUCAGCUUCGGGCUACAAACCAAGCAAGGCUAUAAUAUUACAAAAAUCAAUUGAUUAUAUCGGCUACUUAAAUCAGCAGAUUAAGAAACAAGAAGACGAAAUUGGUGUGCUGCAAAAAGAAGUGACUGCUUCGCGUAUCAUACAAACCAGUUACGAGCAUAUGCUACAACAUCAGCAAGCAAAUCCAGGGCCAGAAGAAGCACGUCUAACCGAUGAAGCUAAGUUUCAAGUGUUUCAAGCUAUAAUGGAUGAAAUGUUCGACACGUUUCAGCACAUACCGAUGGACAACUUUAAACAACUCACCUCCGGUAUUAUUCCUUGGUUAGAGGAGCAUUGCAAACCGCAUAUUUUGCGUAAUAUAUUAAAUCAAACUCUGCAGCAAAUGGCAGAGGCAGCCAAACAGCAAACUCAAAGUAUGGAUCAAAAUGAUUCGAAUGCUUACAGAUAACUUAGCACUUAUUUCUUCAAUUUUUUUUUCUGUUUGUAUUAUUUCAUAACGUUAUCAAGUUAGUUUAAGGUUUUCGGUACAUAUUUUAUAUAUAAAUACAGCGGAAGUUCUGUUAAACGGACAACAAUCUUAACCAUGCAAUAUUGUUCGUCCUCAGUUUUAAUUUCUCAUACAAACUACAUUAUUUUAAACGAAUAGUUCUCUUCACAAAACAGAAUUUCUUGGUCCCACUGGUGUCUGGUUAACAGAGCUUUCACUGUAGACGGUUCUUUUUGUUAAAUAUUCCGAUAAAAGUAUAUUUUAUUAUUAGCAAAUGUAAAUAUGUCGUAAGUUUCAAUAGUUUUCUGUAUUGAUAUUGUUUUGAACGAAUUGUGUUUAAUACUUGAGCUGUUUUUUUUUCUUAAUAUGUGUAAUAUAACUAAAUAAAAUUACCCUAU